GUGAAGAGAGGGGGGGGUGGGGGAAGUGACGCUGACACACACAUACACACAAGCCUGAGCCAAGAGGGGGAAUAGCGUUUUGUUUCUUUUUUCUUUAAUUUGUGUCCUUUUAUUCUUUGGCGUUUUGUUGUCAUUUAGCUGUAUUCCUGUAACGGAGUCGACUGCCUCGCUCCUCAGCGCUUGCUGGCUGUUAUCGUUAGCGUUCAUGCCGCUCUUCCCUCACGCGGCGCUAUUUUGACAGUCGGGAUCGCAGUGAACCAACUCAAGCUAGUAGCACCAUUAUAUUAGCACUGACACAACUUGAAGGAUUCUCCACACGGACUAGAGACAUACAACCAGCAAAACGGACUCCUGACUGGAAGACAGACCAUGCUGCUACACUGAGCUGGAGGGAGAGAAAAGAGAGAGGCCCCAGAGGACCGCUGAGGUGGUGGCUGGUCUGUUGGUGUGCCCCUCCCCCUUGGCUGGCUUACUGUUGCCCCUCCAGUUCACCUGAUUGCUCCCCACCCUGAAGGCUAAGGCUUGCUAUGGACUGCGCUUCGCCCCCUGCUGCAGCCCAGCCCAGUAUACUACCUUAGUGGGUUCCCCUCAUCUUCCUGUGUGUGGUGGUUCCCAUCCAGACUCACUCUACAGAGUCCCGCACAGAUCGGAUACCACCUAAAGCCACUCCUGGGUCCUCCACCCAACCCCCUCCCCAUAUCCCACCCUCUCCCCCUCCCCGAAGAAGAUGUCAGUGAGCCUGACAACAGACAUCCAGCAGGAGGGAGAGAGUGGGCCGCUCAUCGAGCCCUGCAGUCGAGGCAAGACCUCCCCUCAACCACAGGGCACCAAGGAAGGGACAGGAGAGGGCCUGGAGGCUGAAGAUAGCUCCCCACAGGAUGCACAGGUGGGAGGAAAUGACAAAAAACGGGCUCCUAACCACAGCCAUGGCAGGAAAAGGGCCAAGUCUAAUGCUAAACUGAAGUUGGUACGGAGUCUGGCAGUGUGUGAGGAGUCUUCUGGUCCGUUCUCCAAUGAUGGACCUCCAGAAUCGGAUAUCAUCCAGCUUCACAUCAGCUGUCCAUCAGACAAGGAAGAGGAGAAGUCCUCAAAGGACGAGUAUGAAAAUGAAGAGAAGGAGAAGAAGGACAAGACUCCACGAAAGAUGUUGUCACGUGACUCCAGUCAGGAAUACACUGACUCCACGGGCAUCGAUGUUCACGAGUUUCUGGUCAACACACUGAAAAACAAUCCCAGGGAUCGAAUGAUGCUGCUCAAACUAGAACAAGAUAUCCUGGAGUUCAUUAAUGACGACAAUAACCAGUAUAAGAAGUUUCCUCAGAUGACUUCUUAUCACCGUAUGCUGCUGCACCGUGUGGCCGCCUACUUCGGCAUGGACCACAAUGUAGAUCAGACAGGCAAGGCUGUCAUCAUCAACAAGACGGGCAACACACGCAUCCCGGAGCAAAGGUUCUCUGAACACAUCAAGGAUGAACGUAACAUGGACUUCCAGAAGAAAUUCAUCCUUAAGAGAGAUGAUGCCAGCAUGGACAAGGAUGAUAAUCAGAUCCGUGUGCCGCUGCAGGACGGGCGGCGUAGCAAGUCCAUUGAAGAGCGAGAGGAAGAAUAUCAGCGGGUACGAGACCGGAUCUUUGCCCGAGAAGUGUCCUUUUUUUUACAGUCCUCUCAGAAUGGAUACAUCAACGACAACAGAGGGAACCGUGAGAGCUCCAGCCGGGCAUCCAGCAGUCGUCAAAGCAGCACAGACAGUGACAUGAAGUGCCUGGAGCCUCGGCCCUGGAGCAGCACCGAUUCAGACAGCUCCAACCGCACCCUCCGGCCGCCCGUCACUAAGGCCAGCAGCUUCUCUGGCAUCUCCAUCCUCACUAGAGGGGAUAGCCUUGGCAGCAACAAAGGCUCACAGGGAAGCUGUAAAGGCUCUCGCUCUGGCCUGCCCCUAGUCAGUCCUGAUGUAUGUCCCCCACCCGCAGCCUCCCAGUCCAGCCGUAGCCUGCUUCCCUGCCCAUCACAACAGCCACAACAGCCACAGCCCCAGGCGCCACCUCAGACUGCCCUGCUGCCUACUCCACAGCAACACCCCAUGGGCAACCACAUGAUUGCUCAGCCGGUGGCAUCUCUGCAGCCCUCUCAGCCUGUCUCCUACUCCAGCCCUUCCUGCCCCCAGGUUCUCCUGCCAGUUUCUCCUCCCCAGCAGUACACAAUGGGAGAAGAGCUGGCACCCCAGUUCAGCCAGAUGACGCUGAGUCGGCAGGGCUCCAGUGAGAACCCUGAGCCUCCCCCUAUGUAUCAGGCUCCUCCCACCGUGCUGUCGCAGCACCCCCCUCCUCAAACUGGCUACAUCAUGGCUACCACGGGUCAGCCUAUGCCUCCUCCGUCUGGAUACCAGCCUGCCACCGGACACCCUCAUCCUCCACCUCCACCGCCGCCUCCAUCCCAGCCUGUCAUGCAGGCGCCACCACCCCCACAGGGCUACAUGCAGCCCCCUCCGCCUCAACAGAUACAGGUGUCAUACUACCCUCCUGGUCAGUAUCCCAGCUCAGGCCAGCAGUACCGUGUUCCCCAGCCUAUGUCCCACCAGGUGUCUUAUCCUGCCCAGCGCACACAACCCAUGCCUCAGCCCACACAGCAGUCAGGUCUCCAGACCAUGAUGCCCAGCCAGCAGCCGAGCUACCAGGGCAUGAUGGGGGUGCAGCAGCCCCAAAACCCUGGUCUGCUCAAUUCCCAGAGGGCAGGCAUGGGAGGACAAAUGCAAAGCAUAAUGGUUCAGUACCCACAGAUGCCAUCAUAUCAGGUGCCAGUGGGAAAUGAAAAUCAGCAGGUGGUGCAGCAGCAGUACCAGCAGCAGGUGAUGGUGCCAGUCAGCCAGUCUGUCCAGGGCCCUAUGCCUGUUUACUACAGUGUUAUCACACCCACACAGCAGAAUAGCACAAGCCCGUCAGUAGGUUACCUGCAGGCCCCCAGCUCUGAGCAGUAUCAAAUCACACAGUCGCCGUCCCCCUGCAACCCUCAACAGUUGCAGCAGCAAUAUUCAGGAGUACCGCCUCCUGGGCCUGGAGUGAUGGUCAUGCAACUCAGCGUCCCCAAUGGACCACAGCCUUCCCAGAAUCCUCCUCUGGUCCAGUGGAACCCAUGCAAGUACUACAGCAUAGAGCAGAGACCCAACAAGCCAGGAGAGCUCUACAAACCUGACAACACUCCACAGGCCAGUACCCAGCUGACGAGUCCACUGGCCUCCCCCACUCAGUCUCCCACCCCAUCUCCCUCCGGCAGCGUCAGCAGUGUCUGUCCAGGCUUGGGACCAUUGCCCCUCAUUUCCCAGUUUCCCCGGCCAGGCGGACCAGCUCAAGGUGAUGGUCGCUACUCUUUGUUGGGGCAGCCUCUCCAGUACAGCCUGUGUCCUCCUCCCCUCAUGCAUGGCCAGUCCUCCUACAGCUCCCAUCAGGGUCAAGGAGUUAUGAAACACGGGGCACGAGGGAAGAAACAAACACUCAAAUCUGCAUCAACAGAUCUCGGCACCACUGAUGUUGUGGUGAGUCGAGUACUCGAGGUAACGGACCUGCCAGAAGGGAUUUCACGUCCAGAAGCUGAAAAGCUCUUCAACCAGCUGUCACUGUGCGGUGCCAAGAUCCAAUGGCUGAAGGAGCCCCAGGGAGGCCGAGGAGGAGCAGGAGGCUGUGGCCCCUGCCCUGGUGCAGGGCCUUCUGGGCCAGGAGCCACAGCUGGGCUCGGGGUCAGCAUGGGAGCUGGGGGAAUGAAGGGUGACGGUAACGACCCAGCUCACCUCUACACAGUAGUGGCAGUGUUCCCCAGCACCAUGGCUGCCCAGAGUGCUUCCUUCAAACUUAACAACAGCGCGGCCAGCCUCUUCAAACUGAGGGCCGCAAAAAAGAACUAUGACCUGCGCGUGCUGGAGAGAGCCAGUUCUCAGUGAAAGGAAAAGAGAGGGGGAGGAAAGAAAGAAAGAGACAGAAAGAAAGAGAGACUCUUAGUGGAGUGGCGGAAAAGGAAGGAGGACUGAGGGGGACUGCUCUUAGUGUACAAUUUAAAAACAAAACAAAAAAAAAACAAAAAAACUUGAUGAGUUAAAUGAUGUGUCAAAUGUAUAAAAGGGAAGAAGGUGUGAAUCAUGAGGUGGCUGGUGUUUGGUUGCAAAUAUGAUUUUGUUGUUUGUUUUUAUUCAUUGUUUUUGUUUUGUAUUUAUAUAGCAGAAGAGCACACAAGACACGCGAGCAUGUGUUUCACUGUUGCCGUGGAAUGUGUGCUGCCGUCAUACAAAAACACUCACACACACACACACACACACACAAACCAGGAGAGACAAACACACAGACACACACACACACACACACAAACGCAGGCAACAGGAUCACGUAGCACAUAACAAAAACACACUGGACAGUCGACCUCAGUCAAACCUUUCCUCCUCCUCUUCGUCCUCCGCUCUCCAACCCUUCCUCCUUUUUCUGCCGACGCUUUUUCUCCUUCCUCAACUCUCCGUCACCCAGUCAUCUCUUAAUAUCACAUAUUUAUAAAUUUUCAUACGCACAGUUGCGCACUCUCUCUGCUUUCCCAAAGCCCUCCUCUUACCCCCUUUUCUUGCCAUGUCUCAUACUGCCUCCUAUCUUUCUCUGCUCCUCUGUCCCUCUCAUGUAUGCUCUCACUGCUCUCUCCUCUCUUGCUUUCUGUUUGCCUUACUGCUGUUGUGGGUUUCUGUAUUGCGCUGUUAUUUUUCUCAGAAGUUUUUUUUGUUUUUUGGGGUUCAAUAUAUUUAUAUAAGUGAUGUAAGGAAUAAAAGAAAUCUAUAUAUUCAGUGAUUUUUCUUUCUUCCCCCCUCUCCCCCGAGUGAAAAAGUUUAGGCCUUUCUUUAUCCUUUACUCCUUCCCUCUUCAUCCCUUCUCCUCUUCCCCACAUUUGUUUCCUCCUUACUGCCCUCUACCUCACUUCUUCUGUCCUCUCCUCUCUCCCACAACUGUCCCUCAUCCUCCCCCUCCUCCCUCGCUCCAUCCUGACGCCCCCCAUUGUGUUUGCGUUUUUCGUUGACAGCUGUGCAGAAAGUAUCAGAAGAAGUAGUUAAAGUGCACAAUGAUUGCAUAUGUCUACUGUAAAUUUUAUUUAAUCUGUUAUUUUUUGUUUGUUUUUAAAAAUAUAAAAGUCGAGAAAAAAUCUAUCAAAACA